UCAAGUAGCUCAAUCCCUGAAUUUGCGAAACCCAGAUAUGCAGAUGGAGUUAAUGAGCAAAUUAAUUUGGAUGGUGUACCUUCCAGUUGUGGAGAAACACUGGAGCUUUGUGCAGGGUUAAUCGAUAAAGAUGGAAAUUCCCCUACUAAAACUGCUGUUAAUGAAGUUUUCGAGGAGUGCGGAUAUCGAAUUCAGGAGAGCAGUCUUGUUUUUGUGGACAGUUUCAGGAAGCUGAUUGUUAUCCUCAACGUGGAGGGGCCGGGUUUCGCAAUUAUAAAGCAGAGUAUUUUUCUUACGGGACAUUUGGAUGUUAUGGGGCCACGAAUCUCACAGGUUAGCAAAAGCUACUCUAGCUUUGGCUGUUCGUGGUAUGAUCUGCCCAACACUUCCAGCUGCGAUGAAGCUCCCAAGGUACUUAAGUCUCUCAAUCACUUCCAAUCGAUCACCACAGAGUGUGGGUGCGGAAACAGGCUCCUGCUAAUCGCGCUUUGCAUUCGGAUAGUGAGAAGCAAGUAA